CAGAUAUUCUCGUCUCGCUCCCUCAUAUCAGUCAUUAUCAGCGUUUCAGUCAUCAUGUUCGGAAUCAUCAACUUGCCUAGUCGCUCGACCGGCACUUUGUCCAGUGCUUCGAGUUCCAAGAAGCGUUACGCGCCCAUCGUUAACGAGCUUCUCCAAUUACUCGACAAAUCGUUUCCUUAUGCUUCUGGAAUGGAGGCCCUCGAGCAAGCUAUCCAAUCUGCACUUCAGUACAGGAUCGUUGAGAUGGAAAGCUACGGACUCACCUCUGCUAAAGGAUUUCUCAACUUUGCAACCUGGAUGGUCGAUGGUUGGAUACCCACCGAGUCAGCAAAGGGUAGAGACAUCUACUAUAUCUUGUGCAUCUUCUAUUUCGUGUUCGACCAAGUCCCGCUCAAGGAUUGUCAAACUGCGAUUAGGCCCGAAUCUGUGGGGCAGGAUCUGUCCGAGCUCUCCCAAUGGAUGGUGAAGUUUGCCAAGGAAGUUGGGAGCCACAUGAACCGACCAGAGUCGCUGAACGAAGCAUCACUCACUUCAUUCUGGAAUGCUCCAAGCUUCCAUGUAUUCGAGGCAGAUGAAUCCAAAACCGAAGGGGGGAAAUGGACUAAUUUCAAUCAAUUCUUCUGUCGUCAUCUCAAGGACGGCGCACGGCCCAUUGAUGGUGAAGGUGACGACAACAUUGUCAUUUUCCCUGCAGAUUCAACCUUCUCCGGUUACUGGGAUAUCACUGACGAGUCGAUGGUCGAGUUGAAAGGUCUACCAUGGCAUAUAGGCGAUCUCCUUGGGCCAUACAAGUCCGACUAUGGCGAUUCUUUCAAGGGCGGGAUCUGGUUGCAUUCUUUUCUGAAUUCAUUUGACUAUCAUCGCCAGCACGCGCCGGUGGGAGGUACUAUCAAAGUCAUCGACACAAUUGAUGGCGCGGCCUACCUAGAUGUUGAAUAUCAGCCUGAUAGUCGGUCCCUGAUGCCAAAACGCCCUAUGCGUCCUAUCUACUCCUCGGGGCCUGUUUAUCGGGGAGCUGAGGCGACGGAUAAAGAAGGAUACCAGUUCCUGCAAGCACGAGGGAUCAUCAUCAUAGAGAACGACAAGAUAGGCACGGUUGCUGUUUUACCGAUCGGUAUGGCACAAGUCUCGUCUGUGGUGGUCAGGGACGACCUCAAGCCAGGUGCCACCAUCAACAAAGGUGAUGAAAUCUCACAUUUCGAGUUUGGUGGCUCGGAUAUUGUGGUGAUGUUUCAAGGUGGAAAGAUAGACCCUCAUACUCUCCCACAGCCAUUGUCACGCAAAAGCGAAGAGCCCUUGUACGAGCAUCAUAAUUAUGGAGAGAUGCUCGCUAAGGCCAACGAAAGUGUGGGGGAGAAAAAGCGAAAACCUGUGCGCCGUGACCCGGAGAAGAGACGGCAACAGAACAUUCAAGCCCAACGCAGAUACCGAGAAAAGCUCCGUGAGCGCUUAGGUCGUCUCGAAGCGCUGGCAGAGUCUGCGGGACAGACCUCGGCCAUUGAAAGCACCCCGGCUUCGGGCAUACAACCAAGUGGGGCGAUCACAGCGCCUGGCCUACCCAUCGCUUCAAGUACUAUCGUUUCAAAGACCCUUCCACUCUAUGAUGCUUCGGAUGUAUCAAUUCCGUGUACAUCUGGGGCGACCCUUAGUAAUUGCCAGGAACUUAUCCCAAUCUCAGGUGGGAUUCCGCCGACAUUAUACACAUCAGACUCCACUACAACACCCUAUCUGUAUUCUGAUGAAUCUCCCUCAACACUAAGUGUAUGGGAUCCUCCAUCAUGUGUGGAUCCUUCUCUUCUCGUUCGCGAUAAGCCCAGUGAUAGCCUGGAGCUGUACUGGACAACCACCAUUGACUGCGGCUGUACCAGUCCGCAUUUCCGAAUACAGACAGACGGUCCAGACCUUCUCGGCCGCAAUGAAGUCAGGGUAUUCAGGUUCGGCGCCAAUACAACUACAGCCGAUCCAUAUACCAAUAGUCUCCGAAUCGAUAGAGUUUGUACCAUCGCCGCAAUUCUGGAUCUUGUUAGGCAUUUAGGCAUUACGGAGGAAGGGUUAUGUGCUGACCAAUCUCCCUCGCCAUUCUUCCGGCCCAGCGCAGUGAUGGCAGACGAUACAGCCAGGAGCAAUUUGAUUCGCACUGUACAAGAAACAUUCAAGACUUUAAAGCCAGAUCUGAGGCCAUCUCAAGAACAAAUCACUAUCGAGCACCAUCCGAUCAUAGACAUUCUACCUUUCCGAACGCUACGGAGAAACCUCAUCACUCGCCAGCACGAUAUAGAUGAGGAUGAGUUCUUCGAAGAUAUGCUUUCUGGCUUAGUAUGCUGGGGAGGUGCUGGCAUUGGGAAGAGGGAUCGGCAAGUCUCCACUGGGUAUGCAUCGACAGGUACACCGUGGGAUGUCCGUAGUUGGGAGGGAAAGGUGUGGUUUCUGAAGAAGUAUUGGGCGCUUUUGGGCGGUGAAGAUGGUGAACUCGUACGACAAAGUGAAUGGUGGCGCAGUAUCAGGGGAGACGAAAGUGAGCAGGAGAACAUGUGGCUAGGAUAGAAACUAGCUGUGUGACAUGUAACUGUUCGGCGUGUCAUAGACGAUACAUGCCUCAGAUUCCAUCAGGUAGAGAUUUUACAAUGCUAUCGGCAUCUCCUUUAAC